AUGAAAUACCCCUGGCUCCGCCCCCUCAAAGCAAAAGCCCUGCAACAAAUAGCCCAGAAAACGGGAAUUCAGAGCUCAGGUACCAAGGCGGUAUUAGUGGAGAGGUUAGAAGGGGAACUUGCUCCGUUGAUUAUCCCUCUUCAAACUCAGCAUGAUGCAGAUGGGAAGAAGAAGACGACGAGGAAGAAGAACGGUGACGACGAUGGAAUAAGACUUCUGAGCAUUGAUAUGGGGAUUCGCAAUUUGGCGUUUGCUGUGUUGCAUGCUCCUUUAUUAUCUUCGCACUCUUCAUCAUUAUCAUCUGCCGUCUCAUCCGAGACAGGUACACCUAAAGACAUUACCAGAAAGGGAAAUAAUACCAUUACCCUCACCGCAUGGAAACGCCUCUCCAUUCCGGAUCUGUGCCAUGCACAACAUCACCAAUACCAACGCCAUGAUCAAGAAGAAAUCUCAUCUCUCAUCCUCCCCACCACGAACACACCCAAACUCAAACCCAAAUCAAAAGAAACAAAAGCAAAGGCAAAAGAAGACUUCUCCCCUAGUGUCUACGCCCGCCACGCAUACACCCUCAUCACGACCCUCCUGUCCACAUAUAACCCCACCCAUAUUCUGAUUGAAAGACAGCGGUUCCGUACGGGAGGAGGCUCCGCGGUCCAGGAGUGGACGAUUCGCGUGGGUGUGUUGGAGGGGAUGCUGUAUGCUGUUUUGGAGACGGUGAAUUCUUCUGGACUUUUGUCUUCGGGUGGGAAGGUGCAGGUGUAUCCUGUUGAGCCGGGGAGGGUGAGUCGGUUUUGGGGGGAGGGGGAGGAAGUUGGGGAUAUUGGGGAUGGGGGUGGGGAAGGGGAGGUGGUGAAGAAGACGAAGAAAAGGAAGAGUGUGAGGGAUGUGAAGAAGAUGAAGAUUGGGUUGGUGAGGGGGUGGUUGUCGUCUUCUGGUUUUGAUUCUGAUGUUGGGGAUGGGGAUGGGGAUGGGGAUGAGGGUAGGAGGGUAAUGAUAGGUGAUGAUGAGGUGAGGAAGUUGGCGGACUCGUUCCUGGAGAAGUGUGAAGGGAAACGGCGGAUAAAGAAGGCAGGUGGGGAGGAUGGGGAGGAUAGUUUGGAUAUUGGCAAGUUGGAUGAUUUGGCGGAUUGUCUGGUACAGGGGGUUACUUGGUUGAAGUGGCAGAGGAUGAGGGAACAGAUUGUUAGGGAUGGGGGGAUUAGUUAUGAUUAA